AUGUAUCGAUGGCAUGAAUCUGGCUGCCGCCGACCAGAUGUAUCCGCCGCCAGUGGCCUUCCUACCUGCAGUUAUUGUUUCGCCAUUCCCUCUUUAGCACAAGAUGCCCUCCCCCGUUUGCCGCAGCUCCAAGAUUCGAGUGAGAUGAACCUCACAUGGCCGCCUGUUGUCUCCUAUCGUCACCCGAAAUCCGAGAGCGAACGUCAAACACAGCAAGACCAACCAGAACCAAAGACAUCGUCAUUGCUACCAGAGCUUCCCUCAGAAGACAGCAUACGUCUGGUGCGGCUGAAACCUGGUACAGCCGGUAGCCCGAUCCACGCGGAUUAUGAAACUGCAGCUACUGGGACGUGA